CUCUAGCUUCUUCACACAUUCGCCACUGCCAGCAAUCAAGAUGCUAUCUUCGUAGACAUAUUCCCUUUAUCGUCGGACUCACCCAACCCACCGAGAGGCGUUCGAUCGUGUCCAAAAGCCAAAAGGAGCCCGGGGGUACUUCCGAUGGUCUCAAAAUGGUUCCUACACAUCGCUGCCACCUCCCCCCGUUCAGUCCUGGAGCUAGUAAACACCAACUUCGAGACAGACAGGUUGCAAGACCGGUUUGAAAGAGCGAGAACGUGUGCGCAAAUUAUGGAGCCAGACCCCACCGUUCCAGCUCCGUACUUCAGUUAUCCCUCAGGACAAAUCUGUGGAAAGCACCCGGCCACCACUUUAGGGCCCUUCUUUCGCGCCAGACUUUGGACCCCACAAAUGCCUGACUCCCACAACAUAUCAGUUCUGUUGAGGAAGAAAGAGUUAUGUUUUGGGCGGCACCUCCGGAGCCUUGCGCUGGUAUCCCAGUAUGCUUGCAUGACGUCUCCAACCCAUCCAACGGUUGCAGUAUCGAGCUGCUUCGCCCCACGCGGACAUCUUGAGCCAUUUGUAUCCCAUAAUGAUGGGGUUCUACGUGCUACAAUGGAAAGCUUUUGGCUCCUGUUGCUCUGCCCUAUCACCUGGAAUUUAAAAUCUGGCAUUUGACAAGUUGCUCUACCCUCGUUCCGUUCUCCCUACCAGUCGGCUCAUUCACUCUUCCCCCACUUCUUUUGGUACGCACCAAGCUCUGAGGAGUGGAUACGAGAACGUCACCACUGCCUCAUCACGUCGUUUGCAGCAGCGCGUCGCGGGCGCGGUUUUACGCGUGAAACGCGGUCUACCAACGUCUUCACCACGACGGCGGGAGUUUUU